CUUACCAUGACCCACAAGAAGGCUUCAUUGAAAGGUGUGUUGCUGGCCAUCCUCCUGAUGACUUAUAUGUUCCUGACAAGGAAGGGUGUAACUUCUUCACCUAUCUGUCCCAAUGGGUCUGACAGUUGCCAGGUCUCCCUUGGGGAUCUUUUUGACCGUGCUGUUAAACUCUCACACUAUAUCCACUCUCUGUCUGCGGAAAUGUUCAAUGAAUUUGAUGAACGCUAUGCUCAGGGCCGAGGGUUUAUUGCAAAAGCCAUUAACAGCUGCCACACCUCUUCCCUAACCACUCCUGAUGACAAGGAGCAAGCUCAGCAAAUUCACCAUGAAGACCUGCUAAACUUAGUGCUGAGUGUUCUCCGUUCCUGGAAUGACCCUCUACUCCAUCUGGUCUCGGAGGUCCAACGAAUCAAAGAAGCUCCUGAUACCAUUCUCUGGAAGGCCAUGGAGAUUGAGGAGCAAAACAAAAGGCUUCUGGAGGGGAUGGAGAAAAUCGUUGGAAGGGUUCACCCAGGUGACACAGGCAAUGACGUCUAUUCUAGAUGGUCAGGGCUCCCAUCCCUCCAACUGGCUGAUGAAGAUUCUCGCCUCUUUGCCUUCUACAACCUACUGCAUUGCUUGCGUAGGGACUCCCACAAAAUUGACAACUAUCUGAAACUCUUGAAGUGCCGCCUCAUUCAUGAUAGUAACUGUUGAGCAACAUGGGUCUCACUUCAUUAAAAUGCUAGCGCCAAACCUCUUCAAAAUGACCUGCUUUUAGCCCCAUUGCUUUUCACUGCACAUUGGUAUUCCUUAUGCAACAUUUCAUCCUGUGGUACAAGAUUUAUGGCCAUGUUUUGGGGAUUCAAACAGUUGUUCUAGUGUCUGAAAACUCUAAGAUAAGCUAUUCUUUUCUGUUAAAAGUACUUUACUGUAUGCUGUAUGGGCAUC